CCCCCCCCCCCCCGCCUGCCUCUCCCCGCCCCUCUCAGCCCCCACUUCAGCCUCUCGCUGCCCACCCCGCCGCCUCUCUCCGUCCUUCAGCCCGUCUCUCUCUCUCUCUCUCCCUCCCAUCCUGAAGCAAGGUUCCAGUUUUCAGUUAAACAGGAAAGUAGUAGAGAUGCAGCAACCAGGGCCAAUGUUUCCGGUCAUGCCGUCAUUUCCCCCUACUAACAUUACCACCGAACAGAUUCAGAAGUACCUCGACGAGAACAAGAAGUUGAUAUUGGCAAUUCUGGAUAAUCAAAAUCUUGGCAAACUUGCCGAAUGUGCGCAGUACCAGGCUCAACUUCAAAAGAAUUUGAUGUAUUUGGCUGCAAUUGCUGAUGCCCAACCACAAACACCAGCAAUGCCAACACAGAUGAGUCCCCAUCCCGCAAUGCAACAAGGAGGGUUUUACAUGCAGCAUCCUCAGGCUGCAGCCAUGGCUCAGCAACCAGGUAUAUUCCCCCCAAGGGCACCCUUUAAUAACCCUCAUCCAAUGCAAGAUCCACAGCAGCAUCAACCCCAACAACCCCAUCCACAAGCCAGCCAAGGCCAAAUGACCCUCAGAUCUGUCGGACCCAACAAUGGCGUGAGUCCUCCCCAUAACGAUACCAAUCUUGGAGGGCCCAGCAGCAGUGUUCCCACUUCAAAUUCAGGCCUAAAUGAUAUACGUGGAGGAAAUAAGCAAGAUAAAGCGGAUGGUGGCGCUGCUGCCAAUUCUGACGGGCAGGGAAAUUCUGCCAUUGUCCAUGGUAGAAACUCUGUAGUGCGGUGCUCGGUUGUUGAUAAAUAGGCUUCCUGUUUUAGAAGUAGUAGCUUUCUGGUCUCUGUGUUGUCAAGUAGAGAAAAAGAGAUCCACGUGACCUCUGAGAGGACAGGUAGAUGGCGCUCUGUCCGAGAUGACUUUUAUAAUUAUAUAAAACAAUCUGAAAAUUGGCUGAAAUUUGAACCGACACAGAAACCCACUA